CUUACUCCUCUGCAAUCCCUCUGCGUUCAAAGCAACUUCAAAGAACAUGUACGUCUACAACGGCAAGCUCGACUGGUACGACUAUGCCAAGACCGAGUGUAUCACUUUCGUCUUUCCUUCCGGCUUCGCGCUGAAGGACCCUGUCUGUGCAUACUGGCAGUGGACGGUAGACGACAAGGGCGUUAAGAAGCGCAACACUUAUCAGCUCGGCGCCAUCAACUCCGUCACGAAGACGGCCGACGAGUACCGCGUCGCCUUCUCUUUCGAAUACUACUCACUCGAGGUCGCCGUCGCCCCCGACCUCAAGUCCGUUACCGCGACGAUGCGCGACCCCGCCGGUGACACGUCGUCCGCGCUCAUUCUGCAGGCGCAGCUCUCGGAUGCGUGCCGCGUGCCUACUACCGAGGUCUUCAUCGGCAAACUCAACUGGUUCAGCUACGCUGUGAACGAGAUGGUCACCCUCGUCGUGCCUGGUGGCAUCGCGGACGGCGCGGCCGUCGGAAUGUAUCACCAGUGGACCGUGGAUGCGGAUGGGAAGCCCAAGCGCAACAAGUGCGUAAACAGUCACUUCCGCGAGGUAACGUCCUCGGACGGGAAGACGAAGGCCACGUUCGAUGACGGCUACUAUACCUACGAAGUCACGGUCGCCAAUGAAAGCAAGACCGCGACAAUCAAUAUGCGCAACCCAGGUGGCAGCACCGCCGCCUUCGAUGUGCAGCAGAUGGACUGGAGGCAGCUCCAUCAGAAGCGGGCGCUCAUCGUCCGCUUCGGGACGGGCAACGACAACGGCAUCUUCCUCGCCCGCCACAUGCUCGUGAAGAACCUGGGCUUCGAUCCCGAUGACGUGGAGAUGUUGUACUUCAGCGCCGAGCCCAAGGACCAGCCUGGCGUGCUGGCAAACGGGCAGGAGCCGCCCACCGCGUCGAACUUCAGAGCGAAGUUUACCAACCUGAUAGCGGGCGCGACCGCGGGGGCCGUGCGCUUCGUAUACGUCGACACUCACGGCACCAUCUAUCCCGGCGGGGGCAGCCCUGCGAAGACAACUGACAUCGAUGAGGGCUGGACCAUGGCCCAGGAUGACGGCGGACUGCAGAAGGAGGUCGUCUCAGCCGACUGGAUGUCGAAGACGAUUCGCGAGAAUCUGGCGCCGGGCGUGAACCUGACGAUUCUUACAUCGGCCUGCGUCGGCGCUGGGAUGCUCAACACGGAGGGCGCCACGGCUGGCGUGCUCCUCGCCGGAUGCCACGAGACGCAGUUCAACUACAAGGCGCUGCGCACCAAGGACGGCAAGCUUGACCCUUGGUUGUCUGCGAUUGCGAGCACGAUAGACUAUCAGGUCGCCCACAAGCGCGGCGUGCCCACCUACGCCAUGCUCUUCAAUGGCGCCAAGAAGUUCAUCCAGCAGGAGCUCGCCGCCGGCGCGCUCAGCGGCAUGUACCGCGGUGCCAGCGUUGACGAGCGCGCUCCCACCCCGCGCGACGCGGACCUGGAGGCGAGCAACCAGGACCCGCAGUUGAUUUUCUGCAGCGGGUACGUCGACCCGGGAGAGGAGCGCUUCCUCGCGCCGUUCGUCGCGCCGCGCGGCGGCUAUGGCGAGGGCGAGUGCGUGCGGUUCCCGAAGGACGAAUACCCGACGGGCGGCGAGCUGUAGAUGGUUAGGCUAAGUAUGGAGGGUCGAUAAAUUUGUAUGGCUUAUGCGUUUGUCAAUGCUUAUGCUGGUUGUGUUGUUCUCUGCCGUAGUCAUCCUUCUACAUAGUUUGUGGGACUCAGUUCAAUCGAUAAGUUCUCACCA